UAUCGUUCAUGGUUAAUACAUCUUGGGCAUAUAGACUCGGAAAUGAAUAUCGAUUUUGUUCGUUAUAACUUACAAGUAAAUUUCUUAAUACGAUGGUAUUAAUACGCUAAAAGAUAAAAAGCAAUUGCAUGAAAUUCUCACAGUAAACGUACAAUCUAUUUAGACGAUAUUUAAUAAAGUAUCAGUUAUGGAAGAAGUUCUGCGACAAUUGGGGGUUGGAAUUCGACCUGUGAAUGAUCCCUUUUUUGACGACUCAUAUAAGACUUGUAAAGUUUUCGAAAGGAAAGGAGUUACAAUUGAUGACGAGGAAGAAUUAUGUCACGAAGUUAUCAAAGAAUUUCCUUGUUAUGUCUCAGGAUGCAAAGGCAUCUUUCAAACAUUACUUGACUAUGAAAUGCAUUACAAUACUUCUCAUCGAUAUGUUUGUACAGAAUGUAAGGCAUCUAGGCCAAACCCACGACUAUUAGAGAUUCAUAUUCAAGAGUUGCAUGAUGCAUUCUUCAAAGUUUUAUCAGAAAAACAGGCUAUGUACCAAUGUUAUGAUUCUGAAUGCAAUAUAAAAUUCAAUACCCCAGUGGAAAGGAGGGAACAUUGCAUUCAAGUACACAAAUUUCCAAAAAAAUAUCGAUUUGAUGAUAAUUUGUUUUAUAACAAGGAAGGAAAAUUAGAUGAAAUGGAAAUUGAUGAUGCUGAUAAAAGCCAGAAGACUGCUAAAGUAAUCUUAAAUAAAAAUCAGAAAAGUAAGAUGUUCACAAAAGCUACUAACAGUAAGAUUUGUGUAAAUACUGCUAAUAUAAGAACAAUUCCAUCAUCUGAUGUUGAGCCAAAACUCACAUCAUCGUUAGCCUUUAUACCUAGACAAGUACAAAGAUCUUUUUCAAAAGCACUUACAAAUAAUCAGAGUGGAGAAAGAAAUGUUCUCGAGUCAGACAAUAUGAUGGAAUUAGCAGAUUCAUUACCUAAUUAAUAUAACGAGAUUGGUUUUAAAGUUCUUUCUCUCCAUUGGCUCUCUCCAUUGGUUUUAAAGUUCUUUCUCUCCAUUGGCAAGGGGACUGAAGGAUUUAUAUAAAUUGCAAAGACAUAUUAAUUUCAUCACAAUUUAUUACUAAAUCACAAUUAA